AUAGAAGAGGUUAUAGCGCUAGUAGGAGAAGAUGAUAAGAAUAAAAAGUAUUAUUGCUUAUUCAAAGGAGUAGACCCGAAGAUAACAGUUGAGUUAUCGAAAAAACAAUUUAAUAGAAUACCAACAACGAAAAGAUUAAAUAUGCUGGCGACAUUUAUGCAAUUAGUAGGAACUCUUCGAGAGGAAGAAGAGGGAGAAGAUGUCGUAAUGAAUUAG